CAAGUUGAAGCACAGUGUACACGUGUCCCUUUUUACACUACCAACUUCCACAUUCACACAAAGAACAGAACAGAUUAGGCGCGCACCAAACAAACUCCAAUGGCGUAUCCUCUCUCUUCUUCCUUUAACAUUCCCAUCACUCGCCACCCCUUCUUCCACCACACAAAGUCACCUUCUCGAAUCUUCUGCUUCACAAAGAACCAAUUAGGCCAAUGUGAUGAUGACACGUCACUUGGUAUAACUCAGAGGAUAAUGAAGACUGUGAUUCCAAUCUUAAUUGCUUCCACCAUUCAGUUGAGUUCCAUGGUUCCUUACGUGUCUUCUCCCGCUGCGAAUGCGAUUCUUUAUUCGCCAGACACAAAGGUUCCUAGAACUGGUGAAGUUGCUCUUAGGAGAGCUAUCCCUGCAAGCCCUAACAUGAAGGCUAUACAGGAGACUCUUGAAGAUAUUUCGUAUCUGUUGAGGAUUCCACAGAGGAAACCUUAUGGAACAAUGGAGGGGAAUGUAAAGAAAGUUUUGAAGAUAGCAGUAGAUGAAAAGGAUUCUAUAUUGGCAAGUAUACCAGCGGAACUGAAGGAAAAGGCCUCUUUGGUGCAUUCAACUUUAAUAGAUGGGAAGGGGGGUUUGCAAGUUCUCCUUCAAUCCAUAAAGGAACAGGAUGCAGAUAAAGUAUCCGUGAACCUUCAAUCUACACUGGAUAUUGUGGCAGAACUAGAGACAUUACAGGCACCGGGACUAUCUUUUCUAUUGCCGGGGCAAUACAUGCAAUAUCCAAGGCUUUCAGGGAGAGGAACUGUUGAGUUUGUCAUUGAGAAAGGAGACGGUUCAACAUUUUCUCCAGUUGGUGGAGAAGAGAGAAAAACUGCCACCAUUCAGGUUGUUUUAGAUGGAUAUUCAGCUCCUUUAACUACAGGGAAUUUUGCAAAACUGGUUAUGGAUGGAGCAUAUAAUGGCAUAAAACUCAACUGUUCCAAUCAAGCUAUUCUCUCGGAAACCGGACUAGAUAAAACCAAUGGUUACAGUGUUCCCUUGGAAAUAAUGCCCACUGGACAAUUUGAGCCCCUUUAUAAAACAACAUUAAGUGUACAGGAUGGAGAACUGCCAGUUCUGCCUCUAUCUGUUUAUGGAGCAGUUGCUAUGGCUCAUAACGAAGCUUCAGAGGAGUAUUCAUCACCUUAUCAAUUUUUCUUCUAUCUCUAUGAUAAAAGAAAUGCGGGCUUGGGAGGGAUAUCAUUUGAGGAAGGGCAAUUUUCAGUUUUUGGAUAUACCACCAUAGGGAGAGAUAUUCUCCCCGAGAUAAAAACCGGGGAUAUCAUUCGUUCCGCAAAGCUUAUUGAAGGCCAAGACCGCCUUGUGUUGCCAAAGGAAAGCUGAGUAAGUCUUUCCAUCUUACAGUGCUCCCUGAGCAGGUAAAAAGGUUUCAUUCUUUGUAAAAUGUAAUAUUUUUUUGCAAAGUGUAUGCUGUUUGGCAUCAGCCUGAUUUUCCAGAUGCAGGUUGUGUUGUAAAUUAUAAUUCUUAUAAUAUUAUGAUUCAAGAUUCAAAUUAUACGUUCUCACUAUGGGAAAUUAAUUUCUUGUUAUAA